AUGGAGGCGACUUUGGAACAGCAUUUGGAGGACACAAUGAAGAAUCCAUCCAUUGUUGGAGUCCUGUGCUCAGACUCACAAGGACUUAAUCUGGGCUGUUGUGGUACCCUGUCAGAUGAGCAUGCCGGAGUGAUAUCUGUUCUAGCUCAGCAAGCAUCUAAGCUAACCUCUGACCCCACUGAUAUUCCUGUGGUCUGUUUAGAAUCAGAUAAUGGGAACAUUAUGAUCCAGAAGCACGAUGGCAUCACAGUGGCAGUGCACAAAAUGGCCUCGUGA